AUGGAUGGGGUGAAGUUUGACUUCAGUGGAUUUACCAGGAAGUACACAGUGGAUGAAGUGGCCCAAGUUUCAGAAGAGGAGAAGCUAACAUGGGCGUUUGCUGGAUUAAGCAAGAGCAUUGAGAACAUUCCAAUCAUCAUCGCUGACAGCAGCAACCCAUCUUCUCUGGAGGAGAUGGUUAAACAAGGCAGAGUUGUGCCAAACUGUGUCAGCCCAAAUCAAUUUUAUGGGGAACCUGUGGUUAAGGCAUGCAUCGAGGCAGGUACUCAUCACCUGGACAUCAGUGGAGAACCACAGUACUUGGAGAAGAUGCAGCUGUUGUAUAACGCUAAAGUCAAGGAACACAGUGUGUUUGUGAUUGCUGCUACUGGCUUCGACAGCAUCCUUACAGAAACUGGGAUUCUUUACACACAAAAACAAUUUAAAGAUAGAGAGAUGGCCAGUAUUGAGAGCUUUAUGAUAAGAAACAGUAGGCCUGAAGGUGUCACAAUCAUCACUGGCACCUUUGAGUCAACAGUGCGUGGGUUUGCACACAUGAAAGUGCUGAGGCCACUGCGACAAGCACUGUUUCCUGAUCCCCUACCCAAAUAUGAGACAGUCCUUGAGCUGUUGGCCACUGGCAGAAUUAAAAAACCUAUUGAGUUCAGUCCAUUCUUCUGUGUUGACAGCCUGCUGCAGGUGGUGGGACUGGUUACCUUCUUGGUCAUGUCACUGUUGCUGAAGUACCCGCUUGUUUUCUCACUGCGACUUUUCAAGAAAGGGGGACAGACACAAAAACAGAUGAAGGUCUGCAGUUUUAGGAUGAUAUGUGUUGGCUGCGACAAAGCAGAGUGUGAGAGGUCUGGUAUGAAACCAACUGCCCCUGCUGAAUACCUCAUGGAGGACUGA